CUCUUCAUAGCACUCUCAGUUGUACUUGUACUUCUAUUUCUUCAUAAAAAGAAGUUUAAAUCUCUGACAUAUUUUCUAUCUUAGAAUUCCACUCAUUUGGCACUUUACAAUUUUUACAAUUUUAUAUUUCACAGCUGCAGAAACGUCUCUGACAGAAAAUGUUGCCUGCAACCUUCAAACUAUGUGCUGGCAUCUCCUACCGGCACAUGAGGAACAUGACAGGUUUGAGGAAGAAUGCCAUGGUGGCCAUUCACCAAGAGCUCAACAGACUGGCAGGUCCAGGCCCCAGCAACUGGAUCAGCCAGGUCCGACGACGAAGCUCCCUUCUCAGCUCACGGAUUGAAGAGGAGGAAGGGUACAGUGAGGAGGAGAUGUCCUAUGUGAGGCAAGGUGAGGAUGCACUGCAGAAGGCUAUCAGCAUCCUCAGUGAGCAGGACGGCUGGACCACUGAGACUGUAGCUGCAAACGGUGACAAAGUCUUGAGUAAGGUGUUGCCUGACAUUGGGAAGGUGUUCAAGCUGGAGGUAAUGCUUGAGCAGCAUCCCGACAAUCUGUAUGGGGAGCUGGUGGGCAACAUGGAGCAAAUGGGGGAGUGGAACCCUAAUGUCAAACAAGUUAAGAUUCUUCAAAAGAUUGGCGAGGGCACUAUGGUCACCCACGAGGAAUCGGCAGAGACACCUGGCAAUGUGGUGGGACCACGGGACUUUGUCAGCGUCCGCUGCGCCAAACGCAGAGGGUCCACCUGCUUCCUGGCUGGAAUGUCCACUCAGCAUCCCAAAAUGCCCGAACAGAGGGGUGUGAUCAGAGCGGAGAAUGGCCCUACUUGUAUAGUUAUGAGGCCAUCUGCUGAGGAUCCAAAUAAGACCAAGUUCACCUGGUUACUAAGUAUAGAUCUUAAGGGCUGGAUCCCAAAGACGAUUAUAAACAAAGUGCUCUCUCAGACACAGGUGGACUUUGCCAACCACCUCAGGCAAAGGAUGGCUAAUAAUGUUUCUCUGGAGAUGGUUCACGCCUGCUGACACAACAUGCUUCUAGAGGCUUGGCUGCAUGUGCACAACAGUGGCAAGAUCAAACCUGUCCAGUCCAAGUCUGAUAAAACUGCAAACAGCCACAAAAAGAUGAGAAAACCCUGGGGAGAUUAAGAGGAUCACAUGAAGAUAAUGCUUGUCUGAGAUCUUAGGACCGUCUUAGAAAUAUCUGAGCACACGUGCAUUGCAUCGUUUUAUAUUUGAUACAUGACACAGUUUCAAAUGCCAAAGGUUCCCUCAUUAGUCCACUCCACCUUUGCAGAUGAAUCGAGCCUGUAUAAGCAGUAAAGCCUGUGAUAUAUGGCCCAUUGUUUCUUUGUGAUAACACUCUUAGUAAUUUCCCCUCCCUUCACAGUGAAA